UGCCAUGAACUUUGUGAACUUUGAAACAAGCCUGAGCAUGGCUACACAAAUUAGACGGAAAUAGACAACGAAGCUGCAACAAGCAAUUUUUAUCAAACCAGCUCUUUUUAUCGAAAGUGAAUUUUCGUUCCUGGGUUUCACGGGAUUCUUUCUGUUUGAAUUCACAUAUGACGCAUGAACUGAUUAUUAUAACCGCAAUAUAUCCACAAAUCAAGAUGCAGAAGGCCCUCAUUAUCAUCCUGGUGUUGGCCAUUGCCACCGUUACAUUGGCCCAGUCCCACGAAGAAGCUGAAGAUGCUUCACACUUGAGAGUUCGUCGUGGCUUUGGCUGUCCAUUCAACCAGUAUGAGUGUCACAGCCACUGCGCGUCCAUUCGAGGAUACAAGGGCGGAUACUGCGACGAAUUCUUGAAAAUGAGAUGCAAGUGCUACUGAAAUAUGUACGCGUAUUUAAGGAAGACGAUGGGACUAAAUAAAUGACCUUCUAAUGCUUCCCUUGC